CACAACAGUGGACUCUCAUUUCACAACAGUUGAACCCCUAGACACAACAAUGGGCUCUCAAUUCACAACAGCUGAACCUGAUGUAGUCACAACAGUCAGCCCUCACACUACAACAGCCAAAUCCCAAAUCACAACACCUGGACCUGAUGUGACAACAACUGAGGUUUCAUCCACAACAGCUGAACCUGAUGUAGUCACAACAGUCAGCCCUCACACCACAACAGCCAAACCCCAAGUCACAACACCUGUACCUGAUGUGACAACUACAACCAAGGUCCCACUAAUAAACUGUGAGAACGGAGGAAGGCCAAGUCCAAAUGGAAAGGAUUGUAUCUGCCCUCCAGGUUUCUCUGGUACAACUUGCAGAACUAUUGAGACACAAAUAGUGGCUCCAGAAAAACUAAACAGAUCUGCUGAUAUUCAGAUGGAUAUAUCAGAACCAUUCAUAGAGGAGUACAAAAAUAAAAGUUCACAAGAAUAUAAAAAAUUCUCAGAUGAUUUCAAGAACAGGAUGGAGCCAUUUUACAGAAGCAAAAUAAACAAUUUCAAAGCAGUGGUUAACAUAACUUUCAGCCAAGGCAGAGCUACUCUGAGAAGUGAGGUCAGUGAUUUGAAGGGAAACCAGAAGAGACUAACAGAAGCAGACACCUCUGAUCUGGUGGUGUUGGUGGAUAUCUAUAAUAAGCCCUACAGCAACAUAAGGGCAGAAAUAUUUGGCGUAAAGGUUGAUCACGUUGUCCUCCUGGAGAUUCCAAACAGUCAGUCUGGAAAUAAAGAGUACGACAACUCGAUUAAUGAGCUGAAAGAGAGCCUGGAGGAAGCAAAGAACUGCCAGACCAAUGAUAGCAGUUGUCCUGGAUAUAUAAUCACAGAUGUUAACACAACAACAGUCGAAGUUGAUGGAACAGCUUUCUGUGAACAAAACGUCCCUGAAAAGUUCUUAAAGUACUAUCAACUCCUUAACACAAGUGAAAAACUGACCUGUGUGUCCGUCUGCAAUCCUCAACACAGUGAUCCCACAAUCUGUAAAAACAAAGGAACCUGCAUGCUGCCUGUUGAAGGACCUGAAUGCCACUGCCUGCAGACAGGGACCAUGUGGUACCUGGGCAGUGACUGUGGCAUCCCCAUAAACAAAGCUGGGCUCUUCGUAGGGACAGGCAUGUUGGCUGCAGCUGUGCUGGUGGCCAUUGGGGUCCUCUCUGUAUAUCUCCAUGUGUCCAAGAAGAAGGAGAGGAGAAAUAGAGACAAUAAGGGGGAAACUAUAAACCAGUGGCUAGAAGAUGAAUUUGAGUGGCCCAGCUCUGACAAGAACACAAACGGUUAUACAGGGAUUUUUCAUAACCCAUACAACACGGAAGGAGGCGAAGGCACUUAUCAGCAGGAAAAAACACCAACCUACAAUCCCUAUCCAUCCUUUCAAACUUCGGAUGCCCCUCCAGUCUUCCUUACCCACGAACCCCAGAUCCACCUGUACAAUAUGCCCGGCUCUCCCAUGAGAAUCGGCAGACCGGACAUUUACACCUCUUCCCAGAUUUAACUCUGCUGUUAUUCCUGUAUAGACUGAAUCUAAGGACUUAACCAUCACACAUUUCUUGUUACACCAUAUUCUCAAAUCAAAAAAUAUUAUUACUGUAAUAAUCACUUUGAACAAAUGUAACAGUGACUUCAGUGCAUUCAACCUCCUACACUAUACAUGCAAUUCAUUGGGUAUACGACAUAUAUGAUGCAAUCAAUUCAACGAUGUCUUGUAGUGGAUGUCUGUAAGUCUAUAUACUGUUAGCACCUAUGUUGCUUUAAUAUUUUUUACUUUAAACAUAUGUGAUAAAUAUUUAACAAAUUUA